AUGGUCAAGCUUUCUCUCGUCGCUCUAUUAACAGGCACAGGCCUUGUGGCCGCUCUGCCCUCGUUUUUGACUCCUCUAACCGGCCGAUCUUCCGAUGGCUCCGAUAGCCUCAGCGUUGAUAGACGGGCAACGGGUGGAAAAGUCACUAGCAAGGCUCUCGCUCGAUUCGACAAUAGCAACAUCGAAGACGGCAUGGGUAACGGAACAGACUGGUAUCAUCUGUACUUGGGUAAUGGAACAGAGGCCGCGGGAUGGCCUUCAAAGGACAAAUGGGUAUCCUUUGAGGAUAUGUUCAACAACUACAAGCUUCAAAUGUACGUCGCCUGCCAGUUCCUCAAUUGGCGACUUCCCAACAACGAUAUAGCCGAAGUGGAGGCUAUCUACGACGGCAUCCAAAUGGCCGCAGACGCGAGUGGCGUCGACCACCGCCUUAUCCUGGCCAUUAUCAUGCAAGAGUCCCAUGGAUGUGUCAGGGUGAACACGACAAAUCUGGGUGUGCGAAAUCCCGGCAUCAUGCAGAACCAUAAUGGGAAAGCCUAUUGCAACGACAACAAGAAACUCACAACACCAUGCCCCGCAGCAACGAUUCAUGAGAUGAUUCGGGAGGGGACUUCUGGCACAUCGUCUGGAGAUGGCUUGGCCCAUUGCAUCAAUCUUUCGGGCAACGGCGAUGUCUCUGACUAUUACCGCGCCGCCCGUAUCUACAACUCGGGCUCCAUUUCAAAAACUGGCAACUUAGAGAGCAACAUUGCCACUCAUUGCUAUGCUAGUGAUGUUGCAAAUUCAAGCUCUUUCUGUCAUGGGACGUAG